AUGGAUCUUGAACGUGAGAAGGGUAUCACCAUCCAGUCUGCUGCGACCUUCUGUGACUGGGUGAAGAAGAACGACGAAGGCAAGGACGAGAAAUACCACAUCAACUUGAUCGACACACCUGGGCAUAUCGACUUCACGAUCGAGGUGGAACGCGCUCUGCGUGUGCUCGACGGAGCUGUCAUGAUUCUUUGCGCCGUCAGUGGUGUACAGAGUCAGACCAUUACUGUGGACAGGCAGAUGCGGAGAUACAACAUUCCUAGGAUAUCGUUUGUGAAUAAGAUGGAUCGUAUGGGUGCAAACCCUUGGAAGGCUGUUGAACAGAUCAACCAUAAGCUCCGGAUACCAGCUGCCGCGCUUCAAGUGCCAAUUGGACGGGAGGACGGCUUCAUUGGUGUCGUAGAUCUGAUCAGGAUGAAGGCGAUAUACAACGAGGGCACAAAGGGAGAGGUUAUCAGAGAGACGGACGAAAUUCCUGCGGACAUCGUGGAGCUUUGCAAGGAGAAGAGGCAGAAGCUGAUUGAGACACUGGCGGAUGUCGACGACGAAAUUGCCGAGCUGUUUUUGGACGAACAAGAACCAUCAAUCGACCAGAUCAAGGCCGCUAUCCGACGCGCAACUAUCGCCCUCAAGUUCACACCGGUCAUGAUGGGCUCUGCGCUCGCUGACAAGUCUGUUCAACCUAUGCUCGAUGCCGUUUGCGAUUACCUGCCAAACCCCUCCGAAGUCGAGAACAUGGCCCUGGACAAGAAGAGGAAAGAGGCGCCAGUCAAGCUAGUUUCUUACAACUCUCUGCCGUUCGUUGGUCUGGCUUUCAAGCUCGAAGAAAGCACUUUCGGUCAAUUGACGUAUAUCCGUGUCUACCAAGGCACUCUGAAGAAAGGCAUGAACGUUUUCAAUGCGCGCUCAGACAAGAAGGUCAGGAUACCUAAGAUUGUGCGCAUGCACUCAAACGACAUGGAGGAAGUACCAGAGAUUGGCGCUGGAGAAAUCUGCGCUGUGUUUGGUGUCGACUGUGCAUCUGGUGAUACCUUCACUGACGGCGGUCUUGGCUACACCAUGACCUCUAUGUUUGUCCCAGAGCCCGUCAUUUCUCUUUCAAUCAAGCCCAAGCACACCAAGGAUACACCAAACUUCAGUAAGGCUAUGAACCGCUUCACCCGUGAGGACCCUACCUUCCGAGUCCACACAGAUGCCGAGUCGCAAGAAACUAUCAUUUCUGGCAUGGGAGAACUGCAUCUUGACAUCUACGUCGAGCGCAUGCGUCGUGAAUACAAAGUCGAAUGCGAAACCGGACAACCUCAAGUCGCCUACCGUGAGACAAUCACAAAGCGCGUCAACUUCGAUCACACGCUCAAGAAGCAGAGUGGUGGAUCUGGAGACUACGCACGAGUUGUGGGAUGGAUGGAGCCCAGCGAGGCACUCGCGGAAAACAAGUUCGAGCAGCAGAUUUCUGGUGGAACCAUUUCCGAGAAGUUCUUGUUCGCUUGCGAAAAGGGUUUCAUGGCAUCGACACAAAAGGGCCCACUGCUCGGCCACCGCGUCCUUGGUACAUCCAUGGUCAUCAACGAUGGUGCAACGCACGCCGUCGAUUCUUCCGAAAUGGCUUUCAAGAACGCCACCCAGCAAGCGUUCCGUAAGGCGUUCCAGGCUGGCGCUCCUCAAGUGCUUGAGCCGCUCAUGAAGACUACCAUCACCGCACCGAACGAGUUCCAGGGUAGUGUCGUUGGUCUCCUGAACAAGCGCAACGCUGUCAUCAACGACACCGAGAUUGGCCCCGAAGACUUCACGGUAUACGCAGACUGCAGUCUAAACAGCAUGUUCGGCUUCAGCAGUCAGCUACGAGCUAGCACACAGGGCAAAGGAGAAUUCAGCAUGGAGUUCAGCCACUACUCGCCUGCGCCACCGCAGUUGCAGAGGGAGCUGACUGCAAAGUACGAGAAGGAGCAGGCUGCUAGGAACGCUUGA